AGGCCUGCGUUGGACCCAGGUCCCCAGGGAUGCACGUGGUGCCUGUUUUCUCGCAGCCGCUCCAGGCCCUUCCACGCGGGAACUUUCGUGUUUUUUUUUUUUUCCUGUCAGCCCUGGAAUGCCCAUCCCGGGGCCGAGCGGGGUCUUCAUGGUACCCCAGAGUGGGGAGGGAAUCCGGGACCAGGCUUGGGCACGUCCCUGCAGGGCAGGAAUUGGUCUAUUCCGAAUAUAAAUAGGGAUAAAUGCAUAUCCAGGGAACCGUUUGGGAAACAAACUGGACGAGGAGACCGCAGCCCUUAGGUGGCCGGUUAUGUCCCUCCGGAGCUAAGUGCCAUCGGGGAAACAGCUGGAUUGUUGAGAAACCCUGUAAGGAGGAGGCGGGACCCAGGAGGAAUUAGAGGAAGUGAUUUUCAAACUUAAGACUAGUUAUAGCGCAGAAAGGUAACGCAGAGGGAAAAGCAUUCCUGGGAGAAUGAGAUGCUUUUGUAAAUCCCCUGAUAAAGGUAUCAUGAUGUAUUCUGGGGACGUAAAGAAGACAGGAUGUCUGAAACCCAGAGAAAAAUGAGAGGUGGAGAGGUGGUCUUGGACCAGAUUAGAUCCUAAAAGGAAUGGUAGAUUUGUAAGGAUUUGGGAUUCUGUCUUAAGAAUAAUGGAGAGGCCAUAAAAAAAAGUUUUUAAGUGGGAAGUGACCCUGUAUAUAAAAGGUGCUGAGUUCAAGAAACCAGAAGGAGCAACAUACAAGGUAUUUACCAAAAAGAAAGAAAGAAGUGGAUGGAAGUUCCCCUACAGGAGUAAAAUGGAAGGAGAAUCAAGCAGCUUGGAAACCCAAACUCCCGUUUUCGUGAAGAAAAAGGCUAAGCAUUCUAAACAUAAGGACAGACAUCGGCGGCCUUCCCAGGAGAGUUUCAGAGCCGCCCCCCUGGCAAAGGAGCAGUGUGUUAUAACGAAGCGUAAAAAAAAGAGAAAGGACAGCCAGCAUCUCGUUUCUUCUCCUUUGAGGAAAUCAGAAAUCUGCGAUGAGACUGAAAUGGCCACAUCUAAACCCAAAAAGAAGAAAAAGAGAAGAAAAAGUGCUUUGGGAGUCGACAGGGAAACAGGUGUUGCAUGCGUCCUGGUGGAUAAAGAAAAUAUUGAGAACACACCAAAGAAUUUCAGAAGCGAUGUGGAUGUCGUUUACGUUGACGCAAGCAAGGAGCAGAAGUCGACAGAACGGCCUGAAGCAGAUGAUCCCCGUUCAGUUACUAAGCCACGUGAAAACACGUCCGAGGAACUGCAUGGUGAAGUUCGGAAGAAGAGGAAGAAGAAGAAGAAGCAUAAAAAACGUCAGAGGGAAGUUGAAUCCUGGGAUGCUGUCCAGGAAAGUCCGGGUGCAAGCAGCGCCCUGCCCAGGGCAGCCUCCCAGGAGCAGGAACCGCAGCCUCAAGUGGACCAAGAAGGGGGAUUCGUGCAACUCUCAGUGUCUGCGGGUCACAGCAAGUCCAGGAAAAGGAAGAGGAAGCAUCUAGAUCCCCCAGAAUUCGAAGCCUUGGCUGCGCCCGAGAGGGCUGAGAGCGUGUACUCAGAGCGAUCCCAAGUGGCUGAUGAGGUCGAGACUGCAGGAGGCAGUCAGGACUCCAGCGGCCUCAAGAAAAAGUCUAAGAAAAGGAAGCGAAGAUCUCUUGAGAGCACCGUGGCGCCUGGUGAUUUUUCAGCGCCCGGGAGGUGCUCUGAGGACACGCCUCUUGAUUCACUGGAAGGUACCUUGAUUGAAGAAAGUGCAAAACCCAGGCCACAAGAGGAGAAUCCCCCGGCCUGUUCCAGAAAGGUGCAGAGGUCAGAACCUACAAAUGAAGACAAAAGCAAUUCGGCUAAAGAGUCCGAAGCUAAAUACUUAUCUGAAGAUUCGCGAGAUUCCGAAGAUCCGGAGGUGGAGUUGGAGUCUGCGGUGAAGCAGCUGCAGGAAUUCAUCCCCGACAUCAAGGACAGGGCUGCCACCACAAUCAAGCGGAUGUACCGAGAUGACCUGGGGCGGUUUAAAGAAUUCAAAGCCCAGGGUGUCACUAUUAAAUUUGGCAAGUUUUCCGUGAAGGAAAAUCAGCAGUUGGAGAGGAAUGUGCAAGAAUUCCUGUCCCUGACAGGAAUCGAGAACGCAGAUAAGCUGCUGUACACAGACAGAUACCCGGAGGAGAAGUCUGUGAUCACCGACUUAAAGAGGAAGUACGCGUUCAGAGUGCACAUUGGUAAAGGCAUUGCCCGGCCCUGGAAACUCGUAUAUUAUCGAGCAAAGAAGAUGUUCGAUGUCAAUAAUUACAAAGGCAGGUACAGCAAAGGAGAUACCGAGAAGUUGAAGAUAUACCAGUCCCUGCACGGGAACGACUGGAAGAAGAUUGGUGAGAUGGUGUCUCGAAGCAGCCUCUCCGUGGCCCUGAAGUUCUCCCAGAUCAGCGGUCAAAUUAAUCAUGGUGCCUGGAGCAAGACAGAAACCCAGAAAUUAAUCAAGGCUGUUGAAGAAGUGAUUCUGAAGAAAAUGUCUCCCCAGGAGCUAAACGAGAUGGAUUCUAAACUGCAGCUGAAUCCUGAAGGCCGCCUGUCAAUUGUUCGGGAGAAGCUCUACAAAGGCAUAUCCUGGGUAGAAGUGGAGGCUAGAGUGGAAACCAGGAAUUGGAUGCAGUGUAAAAGUAAGUGGACGGAAAUUCUAACCAAGAGGAUGACGAACGGUCGGGACGUGUACCGUGGAGUGAAUGCUCUGCAGGCCAAGAUCAAUCUGAUCGAAAGGUUGUACGAAAUAAAUGUGCAAGAUGUUAAUGAAAUAGACUGGGAAGAUCUUGCUAGCAUCAUAGGGUAAGGACAUUUGUUUAAUAUUAAGCCAAUGAAAAGAUAAGAGAAUAAAUGACUGCCUAUCAGACUUCAAA